AUGACACAGGAAACCAGCAGUGAAAAAAAAACCGAAUUAGAAUCUCAACCUAGAUCCCUUAAGAGAUCAAACAGUCAUUUGGACAUCAAGGGUGUAGCUCAAAUUAAGAGACAAUAUAUAAUUGAAAAUGUCAUUCGUCCAGCGAUUGAUGAUGAUGAGAUGGAAGGAAAUGUCAACAAUAAUCCUAAAUAUGAAAGCUUAUCGAAAAGAGGACAAAAUAAGAAUAGAGAUUUACGUCAACCACAUGAAACUAUUAGAUUGUGUUCAAGUUUAAUUGAUCCAGACAAUUUAAAUAGAAAGUGUAAAUUUGGUGCAGAAAAUUGUAGAAAUACUCAUGAUAUUGAUUUUUAUUUAAAAUCUAAAGAAAAGGAAAUUGAGGGAGCCUGUCCAGUUUUUGAAGCCAUUGGAUAUUGUCCAGCCGGAUUGAAAUGUCGUUGGCUAUCAAGUCAUUUUAAUUUUGAGACUAAAACAUUAGUUAAAGAUUUAGAAAAAUAUGAGAAAACAUCUAAAACAGAUAAGGAAAUCAAUUGUCUUGAAGGCGAAAUUAAAUACAAAUUACAAAAAAAAAACUAUAAAUUUGAAAAAUCAGAACAAUUUAUCCCAUAUUUGAAUAUUUUAACCAAGAAUAAUAAUAUAAUUAAUAAAACCACUAAAGAAGAUAAGGAAAAAAACAAAAACAAGAAAAUAGACAAGGAAAAUGAAAAUAAUGAAAAUGAAAAUAAAGACGAGAAAAAUGAAAAUAAUGAAAAUGAAAAUGAAAAGGCUGAAAACACCAAACAAAAGUAUUAUGAAUAUGUUGAACCACCAUUUUUACCAUGUGAAAAAAAAAAAUUAGAUUAUAACAAUAAGAAAAUCUUAUCGCCACUUACAACUGUCGGAAAUUUACCCUUUAGAAGAUUAUUGAAAAAGCUUUAUGAUGUAGAUAUUACAUAUUCCGAAAUGGCGUUAGCAUUGCCAUUAAUUCAAGGGUCUAAUAGUGAGUGGGCAUUACCAAAAGCACAUAUUUCGGAAUAUCCUGGGUUUGGGGUUCAAAUAGCUACAGCUAAACACUGGGAAGCAUGUAAGGCUAGUGAAGCUAUAUCUAAAUUAUUGACGUCUGUUUCUGAGAUUAAUUUAAAUUGUGGGUGUCCAAUUGAUUUGUUAUAUAGAGCAGGAGCUGGGUCUGCGUUGAUGGAUCAACCGUCAAGAUUGAUUAGAAUUUUAAAAGGAAUGAAUGCAUGUUCAGAUGAAAUUCCCAUUACAGUUAAGAUUCGAAUGGGAGUUCGAGACAAUAAGCCAACUGCCAUACCAUUGGUUAAAAGAUUGAUUAACGAGACAGAUGUCAAAGUGAUUACAUUGCAUGGUAGAUCAAGACAACAAAGAUAUACUAAAGAAAGUAAUUGGGAUUAUAUUGCAGAAGUUGGUAAAGUUGUUGAGGAAAUGAAUUUAGCUAAGAUGGAAGAUAAAGAGUUGAGAGAUGAUAGUAAAGUGUUUUUUGUUGGAAAUGGGGAUGUAUAUAAUUAUGAGGAUUAUUAUAAUAAUCAGGCAAGAGAAGGAGUUGAUAGCGUUAUGAUUGCUAGAGGAGGGUUGAUUAAGCCCUGGAUAUUUGAGGAAAUCGAUAAAAGGCAACAUAUUGAUAAGAGUAGUUCUGAAAGAUUAGAGAUAUUAAAAGAGUAUUCCAAGUUGGCGUUAGAACAUUGGGGCAGUGAUGAAUAUGGAGUUGGAUUAAGUAGAAGGUUUUUAUGUGAAUUCAUUUCAUUUUUUCAUCGAUAUAUUCCAGUUGGAAUAUUGGAGAGGUUGCCAAGUAAAUUGAAUGAAAGACCACCAAAUUGGAGAGGAAGAGAUGAGAUGGAGACGUUAUUGGGCUCAUCAGAUUAUAAAGAUUGGAUCAAGAUAAGUGAGAUGUUUUUAGGGCCAGCAAAUAAGGAUUUUCAAUUUCAGCCAAAACAUAAAAGUAGUGCGUAUGAUACUAAAGAAUAAAUUUAUGAGUUGUUUUUUUUUGUUUUCUU